CCUCCGUGCCCUGCCCUCAGCUUCUGUCGCUCCCGCCGCGACCUGCAACCCUAGCCGCGGGGUCGCGGCGCUGGCCUCCGCGGAUGGCGGCGCAGCCCUCUUCGUCGGCGUCGACGGGCGACACCAAGUUUGAUGCUUCGCAGUAUGCUUUCUUUGGCAACAACGUGGUGGAAGAGGUUGAGCUGGGUGGAUUGGAAGAUGAUGAUGCUGUUGAUGCUGCUUUUGUUGGCCCGGGUGAUGAAGAAUACCCUUCUGCUUAUGGAAGGGAUAUGUUUGAGGAUGAGGGUGGAGGUUCAUUUGCUGAUGUUGAUGAUUUUGCUGGAGCAUUCUCAAAGCUGACCAGAAGUGUCAAUGAACCAACACAAUCAGGAAUAGUUAGUCGUGGGGGUUCAAUUUCUAGACAAAGUUCUACUCCAGACUGGGCACAAGAUUCAUAUUGGCCUACACAGCCUAUAUUUGGAGCUGAACAAGGGCUAAAUAACGAAAGUCAGUGGUCUCAACCACCCCAUUUAGCCCGCUUUGCUGAUUCUAGGCUGCACAGAACAUCCUCAUCGCCGCAGCAAGAUGGUCAAUACAAUCCUAAUGAACCUGUUCUUGGAGCAAAGCCAUCUCCGUUGCACAGAACUUCAUCAUACCCCCAACAAGAGCCUCAAUACAAUCACACAGAACCAAUUCCAGUUCCUAAAUCAUCAUUCAUUUCGUACCCUCCAUCUGGUACAGUAUCCUCAGUUUCACCAGGUCAACCACAUCACAUGAAUGUGCCAUCUCCUGCAUUCCAAAUGGCCGUGUCUGCACAAAAUGAGUUACAUAAUCCUCAGUUUCCUCGUGGUGGUAUGCCUCCAGGGCCACUUUUUGGUAGGAACAUGGCUGAUCUAGAUUCAGCAGGCUUAUCGACUAAUAAUUUGCAACAGAACCAUGCUCUAAAUAGUGGGCCAAUUCGUGCAAACGGUGCCAUGCUUACACCAGGUUUGAUGCAGCACAAUCUGCAGCGUCCAAAUGGAUUGAUGCCACCUCAAAUUCUGUCUCGCCGUCAACCACAUGGAGUGGCUCCAGUUCAACACUCUCCACCACAAUUCUCACAGUUCCAUGCUCAGAUGCUUGGUCCUAGGCAUUCUCCACCACAAAGCCUUCAGAUGUACAAUCCUCCACGUCCAUCACAACUGAUGAGUGGAUUUGAUGCAAAUUUGGCAAUGCCUGACUUGAGUGAUCCGAGAGCAAGAGCAAUGUUGCACCAUGGAGUGCAUGGCCAGCAUUAUCUUCCCCAAGGUUUUGAGCAGAGGAUGGAUAAUGGGUGGCCACGGUUCAGAUCCAAGUACAUGUCCACUUCUGAAAUUGAGAACAUUGCAAGGAUGCAGCAAGCUGCUACUCACAUCAAUGAUCCAUACAUUGAUGACUACUAUCAUCAAGCCUGUUUGGCUAGAAAAUCAGCAGGAGCUCAACUCAAGCACCACUUCUGUCCAACCUUGAUUAGAGAUCCAUCCUCACGUGCACGGAGCAAGGAUGAACCACAUGCAUAUCUCCAGGUUGAUGCUCUUGGAAGGCUCCCAUUUUCUUCCAUCCGUAGGCCUCGCCCGCUCCUUGAUGUUGAACAAACCUCUGAAUCAAGUGAUGACAUUACUGAAAAAUCUACUUCAAAAACUCUUGACCAAGAACCAAUGCUGGCUGCUAGGAUAACAAUUGAAGACGGCCUUUGCCUGCUGCUUGAUGUAGAUGAUAUUGAUCGUUUGCUGCAAUUUAGCCAGCAGCAAGAUGGUGGCUUGCAACUGAGAAACAGAAGACAGGCUCUCCUCGAGCAGCUGGCAGAAUCGCUGCAACUAGUUGAUCCGCUUACACCUGGUAAGAAUGCACCUCUGUCACCAAACGAUGAUCUGGUGUUUCUCCGAAUAGUCUCUCUUCCAAAGGGCCGCAAACUACUUUCACGUUACCUUGAACUUGUGAGUUCUGGCAGUGAGCUUGCUAGGAUCGCUUGCAUGGCAGUAUUCCGGCAUCUAAGAUUCAUAUUUGGAAAUUUGCCAUCUGAUAGAAGUGCUGCUGAGACAACAACAAAACUUGCUACGGCUGUAUCAACCUGUGUUGUUCGGUUGGAGUUGAGUGGACUAAGUGCUUGUCUUGCAGCUAUUGUGUGUUCGUCAUUGCAACCACCUCUUCGACCCCUUGGACAGGCUGCAGGUGAUGGGGCUUCUGUCAUCAUAAAGUCUGUACUGGACCGAGCAACCGAGCUUCUCACUGAUCAGCAUGUGGCAUCUACCUACAGCAUGCAAAACCGAGCUUUAUGGCAAGCAUCAUUUGAUGCCUUCUUUGGCCUGCUUACAGAGUAUUGCAUGAGUAAAUUUGAUAGUGCGAUUCAUGCAUUGCAAACACAACCUGCUGCAGCAGCAGUUAUAAGCAGGGAAAUGCCAGUUGAGCUGUUGCGUGCUAGCCUUCCUCACACAAAUGAGCGUCAACGGAAACAGUUACUCAGUUUUGCCCAGCGCACCGUGCCUGUUAACAACCAUAGUUCUCAUGGGUCUGAUAGCAGACCCAUUACAUCAGAAUCUACCCAAAGAUCAGUUGGCCGGAACAUAUAAGUUUAAGCAUAAUGUUUUUGCUUCCUUGGGUAAUCAGUAUACUUGGUACAUGGCUCUUUAAGAUGGUGUCUCUUCCCCCAACUUCCCAGUAAAGAAAAGUCCAAUGGUGAUACACAGGAAACAAGAUCGAGAGGGCUGGAGCAUCAGUAUACAGCUGGUAAUAUAAGCCAUCAAGUUAACUACCACUGCGACAUGUCUGUUUCUAUUAUGUUUGUAGGGAUGCAGUCUGUUUUCAUUAUGUUUGUAGGGAUGCAGUCUGUUUUGCAUGCAUUAUGCAGAUGGAUGUGUUCAUUUACUGGGAAGUUUCUUCCUGAGUUUUGUUGCUCAUGAAACCCGCCUGGUAUAUACCUCUGGCUGUAGAAGGUGCUACUUGAGGAUGCUGUUUGGUGGUUCUUCAUGGGCUUAAGUGUCCUGGAGCCAUCAAGGUGGUAUUUCAAUCAGUGGCUGCCUUCUUUUCCCAUUUUGUUUUGUUGAAGGGUUGGAAUGUUACUGUUGGUCAUGCCCUUGUACUGGAAUCCUAGCUGGACAGAAUGUUGAUCAUUGUUAUAUGGUACUAUGUUUUGAUCAUAAUUAAUUUAUCUCGUUCCAGUUUUUUUCCUAUUUUAGCGGGAGCUAUAAUUUGUGAAUUUAGCCGAGUAGA